CCUAAACAAGGAAAUGGUGGGGGAAUAAAACGACCAGAUUAUUUAAUUAAUGCAUGUAAUAAUUAAUAUUUUAUUUUAUUGUAAAUUAAGACGUAUUUAUGGGUUAAAAUGGAUUACGACUUCAAAACAAAGCUGGCAGCCGAGAGGGAGAGAGUAGAAGAUCUGUUCGAAUAUGAAGGUUGCAAAGUGGGUCGAGGCACCUACGGGCACGUUUAUAAAGCUAAGCGCAAAGACGGGAAAGAUGAGAAGGAAUAUGCACUGAAGCAGAUAGAAGGCACUGGAAUAUCCAUGUCCGCCUGCAGGGAGAUCGCCCUUCUACGAGAACUGAAGCACCCGAAUGUGAUUGCCCUUCAGAAAGUGUUCCUGUCCCACAGCGACAGAAAGGUGUGGCUCCUCUUCGACUAUGCUGAACAUGACCUUUGGCACAUCAUCAAGUUCCACCGUGCCUCCAAGGCCAACAAGAAGCCCAUGCAGCUGCCCCGAGGGAUGGUGAAGUCUCUACUGUAUCAGAUUCUGGAUGGGAUCCAUUACCUCCAUGCCAACUGGGUUCUCCACAGGGAUCUGAAACCAGCAAAUAUCCUGGUGAUGGGAGAAGGUCCUGAACGAGGAAGAGUCAAAAUCGCCGACAUGGGUUUUGCCCGACUCUUCAACUCUCCCCUCAAGCCUCUGGCAGACCUGGACCCUGUGGUGGUGACCUUCUGGUACAGGGCCCCUGAGCUGCUGCUGGGGGCCCGGCACUACACCAAAGCUAUCGAUAUUUGGGCCAUCGGCUGCAUCUUCGCGGAGCUGCUAACAUCCGAGCCCAUCUUUCACUGUCGUCAGGAAGACAUAAAGACCAGUAACCCCUUCCAUCAUGACCAGCUGGACCGGAUCUUCAGCGUCAUGGGUUUCCCUGCAGAUAAAGACUGGGAAGACAUCAGGAAGAUGCCAGAGUAUCCCACCCUGCAGAAGGAUUUCAGGAGAACAACGUACGCCAACAGCAGCUUAAUCAAAUAUAUGGAGAAGCAUAAAGUCAAACCAGACAGCAAAGUUUUCCUCUUGCUCCAGAAGCUCCUCACCAUGGAUCCCACCAAACGGAUCACAUCUGAGCAGGCGCUGCAGGACCCCUACUUCCUGGAGGAGCCAUUACCAACCACAGAUGUGUUUGCCGGGUGUCAGAUCCCAUACCCAAAACGAGAGUUUCUUAAUGAAGACGAGGCGGAGGAGAAAACAGAGAAGAACCAGACCCAGCAGCACCAGCAGACAACGGGCCAGACUCAGGCCCAGAACCAGCAGCAGACGGCGGCCCAGCAGGCCCCCUCUCAGCAGAGCUCCGCUCAGACCAAUGGCACCACCGGGGCCGCGGGGACAACAGCCAGCGGAGGAAUGCAGCACGGUCAGGAUCAGGGCCCGCCCAACAAGAAACCUCGGAUCGGGCCCUCGGGGGCCUCGUCAGGCACAGGUGUCCUGCAGUCAGAGUACCAGCAUUCCAGCUCCCGCCUCGGUUACCAAAGCAACGUCCAAGGUUCCACGCAGCCCCAGAGCACCAUGGGAUACUCCUCCUCCUCCCAGCAGAGCUCCCAGUACUCCCACCAGACGCACCGCUACUGAGAUGGAACCAGCAGAGGAGUCCCCUCCACCUCCACCUGGUCCCGGUUGGACCCCGUUCCGGCCUCCAUCCUCCAUCUCCAGCUGCCUCCCCACCCAGAACCAGAACAUCUUUCUAAGAGCUGAAACAGGCAUCAGACCAGGAAGUGAAGGUAAGAGCGUCG